CACGUAGAAGCAUGUAUUUACUCCUCAAAUUUAACAAUUUUUUUUCUCCUUGCAAACUAGUUUUAAGUUAAAUCCACAUAAAUAUUGGCUUGAACCGAAUUAAUAACAAUCUUCAUCCAAAUAUGGGAGCGUAAUACUAGCAUUAUUUUCUGAAUGGUUUUUAACUUUUAACUUGCAUUCAUUCAUUCAAUGUGAACAUGCAUAGAUUUUAAUUCCAAUCCAGCUCUCACUUCAGCACCGACUAAACCCAAAAAACUGUAAAAUUAGUCGAAUCCCCCAAGAAAAGAAAAAAGAAGAUGAAAAAGUUCUCAUCGUGUAGCAUGAACCGUCCGAUGUACUGACUGGGAAUUAGUUUGACUUGCAGAUCCGAUCUAAUCUAAAUUACAGAAGCUCCAUCAUCAAACUCAUAUUUUUCAAUUCUAAUUCUAUAGCUCAAUUGCAAAAGAAAGGAGAAAGCUCUUCGCGCGAAUUUGGCUCAUUUUAGUCCAUGCUAGCUUCAAAUGUCGGCAAAUUCUGAGUGACCCAUCUCGAAUUUGAGCCAUAAUAUACUAAAGAUUACAACUUUUUUUUUGAGCGCUAUGUCGUUCUUGCACCAGAGAUCGAUUCACAACCCACUUUCGAAUCCAUAUCCACUUUCCCCUCGUUCCUCAUCGUCUUCGAACAGAUCCUUCUCCCUUUUCAGCCGCAUUACCCUUUUGGUCCUCUUAUCUCUCCUGGUGAUCCUCGGUGUCUUUUUGCCAUGGGCGGACAUGCCUGAGGGAUUCUUUUCAACGGUUAGGCCAUCAAUAACCAAGUGGCACAGCUACACACUGGCUCAAGCGGCGUCGUUUGUUGCGAAGAAUGGGACUGUGAUCGUCUGCGCAGUGAGCCAGCCUUACUUGCCUUUCCUCAACAACUGGCUCAUUAGUAUUUCUCGGCAGAAGCAUCAGGACAAGGUGCUUGUGAUAGCCGAGGACUAUGCAACGCUCUAUAAGGUGAAUGAGCGGUGGCCUGGCCAUGCCGUGCUCGUCCCUCCUGCACCAGAUUCCCAAACUGCUCACAAAUUUGGUUCUCAGGGAUUUUUCAACUUUACUUCCCGAAGGCCGCGACAUUUGCUGCAUAUUUUGGAGCUUGGUUACAACGUUAUGUACAAUGAUGUUGAUAUGGUGUGGUUGGCUGACCCGUUCCCUUAUUUGGAAGGGAACCACGAUGUUUACUUUACGGAUGACAUGCCUCAAGUGAAACCUCUGAUGCAUUCUCAUGCUUUGCCUCCUCCAGGGAAGAAAGGACGCACUUACAUAUGCAGCUGCAUGAUUUUCCUCCGCUCCACAAAUGGAGCAAAGUUAGUCAUGAAGAAAUGGAUUGAUGAACUUCAAGAACAGCCUUGGUCCAAGGCAAAGAAAGCUAAUGAUCAGCCUGCUUUCAACUGGGCAUUAAACAAAACUGCCGGAGAGGUGGAUCUGUACCUGCUUCCCCAGACAGCAUUUCCAACAGGAGGACUAUAUUUCAAGAACCAAACUUGGGUACAAGAAACUAAAAGCAAGCAUGUCAUUAUACAUAACAAUUACAUCACGGGUUUUGAGAAGAAGAUAAAGCGAUUCCGCGACUUUGGUCUAUGGUUGGUAGACGAUCAUGCGGAUGAGUCUCCACUGGGUAGAUUAUGAGAUUACAAAUACGUGUUGUUCUAUUAUCAAUGCCUUUCUGUUCAAGCAAUCAAACCCCUUACUGUCCCAUACCAACAUCUAUGAUCUAUCUACUGGUUUUGAAGGACUCCCUUUGAUUGACAUGAGUGACACUAGUGGCAUAUUGGCAAAUGGAAAUGGUGCAGCCUUUGAUUUUCUUUUCUUCGUUUUAAGUCACAUUUGAGAAAAUUUUGUAGGGGAUAAAACACCCUCCUUGAUGAACUAUGCCCAGUGGCUGUACCCCGUAAAUGUAGUCAUAUUGAUUCUUUGUAGUAAUUAUUUUCUUAACUUUGUCUUGGUUUGCCUCAA